CGCCAGACUCCACAGCAAAGUAGUCUGCAGACCUGUGUGCGCCAGUUGUCCUGUUGUCCCUGCUCCACAGUGUCAAUAAUAACACUGAAAACGCGAUUUUAUUAACUUAAAUACAAAGUGUCAACAUGUGGAAUCAGGGAGGAUACAGUGAGUCAAGUAUGGGUGGAGGUUACACUCAGUCCCCAGGAGGCUUUGCAUCACCGUCCUUAUCCCAGGGAGGAGAGAAGAAAGGGAGAGCCCGUGCCACACAAAUAAUACCCUGCACGGUGUCUCAGCUGAUGUCUGCUUCCCAAGCUGAUGAGUCCUUCAAAGUCGGUGACGUUGAAGUUGCUCAGGUUACCAUAGUCGGUAUCAUCAGGAGCACAGACAAGUCCAUGACCAACAUCCAGUACAAGGUCGAUGACAUGACAGGCGCUCCUAUGGAUGUAAAGCAGUGGGUUGACACAGAGGACCCCGGUGUGGACAGUACUGUCCUGCCUCCAGGCACGUAUGUCAAAGUCUCUGGCAACCUGCGCUCCUUUCAGAACCACAGAUCUGUUGUGGCGUUCAGCGUCAGGACCCUGGAGGACAUGAAUGAAAUAACAUCACAUAUGCUUGAGGUCGUCCAAGCACAUAUGGCGCUUAGCAAACCUCAGACAACGCCUGGUGCUGGAGGAGGAAUGAGCAGUAGCGUCACAUCCAUGUCACGGUCGGGAAAGGAGAGCAUGGGAGGGAGCUAUGCAGGUGCUAACGACAUGGUCAACAAUGGGUUAAGCGCAAAUCAGAAUCAGGUGCUGAGUUUGAUAAGAGGCUGCCCAGACCCGCAAGGCAUCAGCAUUCAGGACCUAAAGCAGAGACUGAGUGGCAUCAGUCUGUCUGUCAUCAAGCAAGCAGUGGAGUUCCUAAGCAAUGAAGGUCACAUCUUUUCCACCAUCGACGAAGACCACUACAAAUCAACCGACAAUGACGACUAGACACCUUCAACAUGUUUUUGUUAACACAACCCAGUGGGGGUUUUCUUUUGAAUUGAAGCUGACAUAGUUACUUUUGUAUGAUUUAUAACUGUAAACUAUCAACUAUAUCACAACAUGUCUGGCCUGUUUAAUACAAUAGGACCCAGGGAAGUUCCUCGAGUCCUUUGUGUAAAGGCACAGUGUUUGAUGUUAGUUGAAGAGCACGUGGUUUAGGUUUGCUAAGAUAUUUGGGUCUACACAUCCUGUAUUCCUGAGGUUGCUUCUGCUAUUUUGCAAGUCCCAAAGGUGUUGCUCUUGAAGAAGAUGCUGUUGGCAGUUAUUCUGUUUCCCCCCUCUCCACUGGCAAAUAUUAUUAAGCAUUUUGUAAUUUUAAAGAUUUUCCAACAUAAGUACUCAAUUUAUUUUUGUCUAUGUAACUUACUUUUGUCAAAAUUUAAAGAUUAUACAAAAUA